AUGGAACUGAAGAGCAUUGCCAUCCUUGGACCAGGAGGAAAUGUCGGAAACGCCAUAAUCACCGAACUCCUCAAAGACGGACCCCGCUUCACCAUCACAGGCAUCACGCGCUCAACAUCAACCUACAAACCACCUCCUACCAUCACCCACCGCACUGUCGACUACAUGUCCUUCUCCUCCCUCCAAACUGCAUUCGAGAACCAAGACGCGGUCGUAAACUGCAUCACAGGCGGAGCCACGCACUACGAGCCAUCCAAAAUCAUCAUCGACGCCGCGGUCGCUGCAGGCGUCAAGCUCUUCUUCGCCAACGAAUUCGUCGGAGAGAUCACCCGAGAGGCGUUUAGAAGAUUACCGGAAGCUUUCGUUGGCGGUAAAUACAUACCCAACCGCCACGCCCGCAUCUACGGCUCCGGUAACCAACCCUUACAUUGGACCCCGCUACCCACAAUGGGCCUCGCAGCAGGAAACAUGCUCCGCAACCCCGACCCUAUCCUCAACCGCCCCGUCCUCCUUGAUCCCAUUACCCCUUGUUCCACUGUCACGCAAAACACGUUGUUGCGCACCCUUGAAAAGGUUCUCGAUACCACCUUCACCAUCUCGCAUGUUGAUGUGGAUAAGAUCCACCGAAACGCUUUGCUCGUGUUGGAGAAGUGGAAGGAAGGCGGUGAGCAGGAGGAAGGAAAAGCGCAGAUGGGUAAAGCGAUGAAGGGGUUGGGCGUGUGUAACCAGUUUUAUGAGGGCGAUGAUGAAGGUCAUGCGGAGGACUUGGAGAGGACUGUUCAGAAUGAGCUCGUUGGUGUGGAGACCAUGCAGUUGGAAGAUGCAGUGAGGGAUGCGCUGGAGCGAUAUGGGGAGAACUGUCAGGUUGUUCAGGGUAUGUACAACGUGGAAGCUUGUGAACUUUAA